ACAUUCGGCUUUUGUCCGGCUCCCCAGACACCGCGCUACCACCGCCGACGCCGGUAUAUAGUCGGUACUCGGUACCACUAUAUGAUGUGAAUUUCCAAUAUGCGUAGUUUAAAAACGAGAUAAAACAUUCAUAUCAUAGUUUUAAGCUUAAGAGUUUCAAACCUAAAAAAAAAAAAAAUGAUAUCAAUGAUCGUCGAAGUAAAAAAUAUCGCAAUUCCAUAAAAUAUGAACUGUGUUGAUAGACAUUGAAUCCUUCAACAUGUACGGGUUUACUGCCUAUAAACUUCAUACGGUUACUCCAAACCCAUGUCGGUCGUCUGAUACCGGACGAAGGACAUCCGCAACCGUUCAUUUCAACCCGAAAAUCCCGUUCAACAACGCAACAGAUCAUCUUUACAGAACAAAAGACAAUUUAAAAUCUUCAACGGUGUCUUCUUCUAUAGCCACUUGUCAUAGACGUGGUGCUCCAAGAUAUGCUUUAGCUGAUCAAAAUAAUACAACAUUUAGUCGUGGAUCAUUUCCAAACGAUUACAAUGAUGACGGCCUUGAUGAUUAUUUAAGUCACAGGCGGUACUCAGCAGAUGAAUGUAGCGUAGAUACAGGAAGAAAAUCUUUAACUUUUGACUUGUACGAUAAGAAGCUCUCAGAGAGCAUACACGACGUGCAAAAGAAAUUUCAUGAAAUCACUGUAUGUGAAAGCAGCACCGUCAAAGAGAUGACACCAGAAAUACCAGAUUCACGAGUGCGAACGCCACCAGAAUUAUCACGUGUGAAUACCGAUGACCCAGCCGAAUGUGUUAAGCAGAUGUUAAAAGCUGCUAGAGAUAUGGAGUUGGAAUCAGUUGUUAAUAUUUUAACAAGCCAUGAUGAAGAAUUUUUUAGAAAUAAUAUCAAUGACACGGAUUCAACAGGUCGAACGCUAUUGAGCUACGUUUCAUCGAGUGGCAGUGCUGAAAUAGUCGAAGAGAUAUUUAGAGUGCCGGAUUUGGAUUAUAACAAACCGGACAAUGAGGGCAAUACACCAUUACAUUUUGCAUCGCAAGCGGGUCAAUCAGAAAUUGUGUGCCUGUUAUUGAACAACUGUCUAAAACUAGAGAUUGAUGCCAGAAACUGUUUGGGCUUCACACCACUAAUGAAGGCUGCUCUUCAGGGGCGCACGAAAUGCGCGAAAUUUCUACUGUAUGCAGGGGCAUCGCCUACCAUGCGGGACACCGGACGCGGCCUGCGAGCCGAACAGUGGGCCAGAUUCUGCGGCCGGUACAAUUGCGCGGACGCGAUCGAGAAACUGGCGCGCAACCGACUCUUGGAACGGACGACGUCGUACGGCCGGUGGGGCAGCGAUCCAGAACUGGGUCCGCACAUGCUGAUCAACGGCCGGUUGAUGCAGCCGCCGGCCGCGUCGGCGGUGGCCACGCUCCAGCGUGCGGCCACGCAGCACCACCGCUCGAUCAAGUCGAAACUUAAGCGGGCGUUCCGCACGUCGUCCAAUCCCGACUCGACCACCGGUACCGCCAACCAGUAUUCGCUGGUGUCGCAGCUCACCGGCGCGGCCCUGUGCGCAAGCAGCCCCGCGUUGCCGGUGCACACGCGCGCCAAGCCCAUGGUCAAGUCUUUGCUCAGACCGUUGACAGUGCCCAAGGUGACCGUCACCGGACUGCAAGAACCGCUCCAGCAGCAAACGCCCGUCCCGUCGUCCCCGAACGCCGCCGAUUCUCGGAGCAAAAAACAGAAGAACAAAAAACGAUGAUGGUAACCGACAAACGCGGGUUACUGUUUAAUUAUUAUGACUAUUACUAUGAUUACAAUUAUUUUUACGUGGUACAGGAUACAAUAAAUACCGUGAAUUACCCAUUUCUUUCUUGAAAUAAUAUGCAUAAUGACGACUGUACCUACUGCUGCAGUACCUAUACAAUAUAUAGUCGUAUAGGCGCCGUGUUGAAAUUAUAAAAAAAAUUUUUGGGGGGGGGAGGGGGCAGAUAAAUAAUUAACUUUUUUAUUUAACGAACCAAUGUAGCUAAUUAAAUAUAUAUGAUGAUGAACAACGGACAAUAAAUUCGUAUACUGAGCAAGUAUCAUAUUAUGUUUUCGUAUUUACGAUGGUAAUUUAUUUAAAUGUAUCUGAUUCAUUUUAAAAGUUUUCUGAUACAGGAUCGACUAAAAUUCCCCGACACACUUAACCUUGAUUACCUACUGAUGUUCUAAUUAAAUUUAAACCACAGACCUAUUAACUAUGUUUAGGUCUAUGAUUUAAACUACCAAUAUCAGACUGCCGGAGCCAUUGUUUUAUACUGUUAAAAGUUAUGAUGGUGCUGCAAAGUACAAAUGUAAGUGGCCAUAUACCUAACUAUUAUAGCAACCAGUGAUUUUUUGAAAUCUGGCACCUAUGCUUGAGUGGAAAACGGUGAGCGAAAAAAGCUGAAUUUGGUACCUAGGCAUUAGAAAUAUUAAAAAACUCUUAAUAUGGACACAACGUUUUUUAAUAUCUGCAAAAAGUGGUCUUCAUCAUUAAAUAAAUAAAUUGUUAUUUAACAAUAAUUAUGGAAUUUUAACCUCUCGGAAAAUUAAUAUGUGCCAUAUAUCCACGUAUCUAAUUAAUCUAGAGUAAGGUUUUAUCUAUAGGUAGGCAGUAGGCACUAAUUGACUAUAAUAAGAAUCUUUUAUAAUAUGUAGGUACCAACUAAGGCCUAUAGGUACUGUAACAGCAGCAGUCAGCUCUUGCAUAAGACCAUGUUAGUCCAUAGAUACCUAUACCUAACCAACCAAUCGACUGGCUAUUUUAGGAGAUUGUAUACUAUUAUUUCGUUAAUCGGAUGCAAAAUGUUAUUUCAUACUUACUAAUAGUGAUCUCGUGAAAUUUUAUCUUAGAUGUAUCUAAUUUUCUUGUUAUUAAAUAUAUCUUCUAAUAUACUACCUAUAUAGGUACCUUGCAUAUUGUAAUUUGUAUUAAAUAAUAGGUAGGAAUAUGUGGCGUUGAAAUCACAAAUCCAUUAUCACAUAGGUACUAUAAAAAAAAUAGCUGUAUGUAAAAUACUUUAGUAGUUUAGUACUUUACCUAUCUUAUAAGUCAGGCGCUGAUCCAUAACUCAUUAACAGGAACAAUUACAUUGUUAAGUACCUAGGUAUAUUAUAGGUAUCAUUUUUUUUGUUUGAAAAUGUCAAUGCAUUUAAAUUGAAAUUAGAAAGUGGAGUUUCUGUGUUAUUUAACUUAAUGUACCUAAUAAGGAUGAUAACCGGGAUUAUACAUAAAAUAUGGGUUAAGUUUAGUCUAGUAGGUACAGUAAUAGCCAGUAGGUAGGUACACCUACUUUUUAUACACAGGCAAUUUUUAAAAAUUGUUCAACUUAAGUAAAUUAAUAUUAAUCACUAUUAAUAUAUUAUCAUUAGUAAGUAUUUAAUAAUAAAUGAUGCAAAAUAUAAAAACCAUAGUGGGGUAAGAAAGAGCUUAUCGACACACUGAAUCUACGCCUGCUACAUAAUUCCUAUGAUUCUUAAAGUAUAUAAAGAAUAAGAAUUUUUUGUUUUGUAUUCCUACCGUUAAAAAUAAUAUUACUUACUUAUACCUUUCAUUGAAAAAAAAAUAGAUUUUAAAUGUAAUUUCUAGUUUAAAAUGUUGUUUAUACUUUAAACUUCUUCAAGAAGCAUUGUUACGAAGUUUGGAAGGUACCUAACCUAGUACCUUAUACUCACAUGAAAUAUUAGAAACUACUAAUAUAAAAUGUUUAAUAUAUGGUGAACAAUAAAAAGCUUAACAAAGCACAAGUAGAAAAUCAACUAUCAAGAAAAAUAUGAAAUAGUUGCUAACGUAAGUCAAUUUUUUUAACUAGAUUUUAAUUUACCGAUAAUUAUUUAUUUAUUUCCAAAUAUCUAUUUUUAUACAUAUUUUAGUUGAUCUGUAAACUCAAAAAUUAUGCAUUCACAUUUGCUGUCACCUACCACUUGUCCACUUACCUAGCUAAUACUAAAAUACUUAUGUAUCCAUAAGGCCAUAAAUAGCAAGAUUUAAGUAUUAGUCCCUACAACUGCUCCAUUUUUUUUU